GAGCGCCACUGCAUUGCAGGAAUCCGAGGGCGAGCACGGGCAAAAGCGAUGGCCGCGUCCAGGCCGCACCACCGGGCGCCGCCGGGGCGCGUGCCCACGAGGUGCGUCGCCGCGCUCUGCGCCGCCUGCUUCCUCCUCGGCGUCUGCGUCGUCAACCGCUACUGGGCGGUCCCCGAGCCACCCGACUGCCGAAGCAAGGCGAAUUCUGGCCGUUCGAGGGCCAUGCUGAGCCAAGCACAAACCCGCGAAGUCGUCAUCGCGUUGGACAGAACGAUAUCGGACAUCGAGAUGCGCCUGGCUGCCGCUAGAGCUGCGCAGAUGAGGAGCCAAGGCGUGUCGCCGAGUGAUUCAGCCGCUGACCAGGGAAACAUGCGACCUAGAUUGCUUUUCGUCAUGGGUAUCAUGACCACGUUCAAUAAUCGGAGGCGCAGAGACUCUAUCAGGAAGACGUGGAUGCCAGAAGGUGAGGGUUUGCGAAGGCUGGAGAAGGACAAGGGCAUUGUCAUGCGUUUUGUUAUUGGACGAAGUGCAAACCCUGGUCCUGACAGUGAAGUGGAGCGUGCCAUGGAUGCAGAAGAUAAAGAAUACAAUGAUAUUCUUAGACUUAAUCACGUUGAAGGCCAGGAUGGGCUUCCUUUGAAGAUUCAGAUGUUUCUUUCAACUGCUCUGUCCACGUGGGAUGCUGAUUUCUAUGUCAAAGUUGACGAUGAUGUUCAUGUCAACAUCGGUAUGCCUACACAGAACCCUUUGUUGCUGGUAAAUGUUUCGCCGGUAUUCUCAUGCACUGAGGUUUUCUCUCUUAACACAGGUAUUACCAGAUCGAUUUUGGCACGGCAUAGGUCAAAACCUCGGGUGUACAUCGGCUGCAUGAAAUCCGGACCUGUGAUUGCUAACAAUGAAUCUAAAUAUUACGAACCAGAUCAUUGGAAGUUUGGGACUGCGGGUAACAACUACUUUAGGCACGCAACACGGCAGCUGUAUGCUAUAACAAGGGACUUGGCGACCUACGUAUCAGCAAACAAGCAUAUCUUGCACAAAUAUACAAAUGAAGAUGUAUCAUUUGGUUCUUGGUUGAUUGGGUUGGAUGUUGAGCAUGUUGAUGAGAGAAGCCUUUGUUGUGGUAUUCCUCCAGACUGCGAAUGGAAGGCGCAGGCUGGGAACCCAUGUGGGGCAUCCUUCGACUGGAACUGCUCCGGCGUCUGCAAUCCAGCAGAGAGAAUGGAGGAGGUGCACCGGCGAUGCUGGGAACAUCGCGAGGCUGCUCUGCCACAAGCGCAGGAGUCUUGACAACCAAGGGGUGGUGGCAUCCUUGUGCUGCUCCAUGUAAACUCAUGUAAUUAUUCAGUAGACGGCUAGACGCAGACGUAGCAGCUGUCGUGCCGUGGUCUGGGUUCUUGGAGCUACAAAUUUUUGCCUUCCGACACCAUUUGCAUGAAUUGGAGGGAAAAUUUGAACAGAGCUACUGCAUAGUGAAGGUUUUGCAUCGUGUAUGUAAGAUAUCCGAUAUGUGAAGAUGAAUGCAGGAAAGCUCUGCAAAUUGUGUCUGUCAUGAUUAAAUGGACACAAUAUCCCUGAAACGGAACACCUUUUUCCUGAAUUCUCAA